AUCUGUGGACUUAACAGUGAUUCUUUUUCAGCCUUUCGGUGCCCUGGUACCUUGACAUUCACUGUUGAUGGUAACAGGUUCAGUUAACACAAACAAACCUGAAAAGAAAAUUUAUUCCUGCCCAGAAAACCAGUGCAUUCCUCCUGCAGUCAAUGGCUUACCAAACAGACAUGGUCCCAAAGGUGCAAAGGGAGGAGAAGAAAUGAGAGGCCUACAGAGUUCCCCUGGAAAAGUGGAACGUCCAGGAAUUAAAGAAGCUUUAGAACCACAAGAAGAGAAAGGAGAAAAAGGAGAAUAUGGAAUUAUAGUAACUGAUGACUUGCAGAGACAAGUAACAGCUUUGGAAACAAAAGUACAGGUUUUGGAGGCUGAACUAAACAGAUAGAAAAGAGAUAGGUUCUUAUUUUAUAGAACAUUGCUAAAAACCAUAUUUGUCUCAACUGUAAAAGAAAAUACUUUUGACAAUGGAAAAUCCCCUCGUGCAGAAGCUGGAAGUGCACUUAUCUCUCUUAGGAACAAGGCUGAGAAUACAGUUUUCCAAGACUUUGUAACACCUUCAAAGCAGGCAUGUAUAGGGAUAUCUGAAGAACAGACUGAAGACAGGUUCAUGUAUCUGAAUGGAAGGACUGUAACUUAA